CGAGCGCACCAGUGAAAAAGGGUGGGCCAUCCUCGAGUCGUGCUACGCAGAUGAAUAUGACGAAGAGUUCUAGUACCAGUCGGGAGAUGCAGAGCAAGCAGCAACCGCCAAGACAAGAAAUUCUGAAGCAAGGAAGACCAGAUCAAUCGAACCCUAAUAAGGCAAAUUCGAGUACCGACGUCAACAAAUCUGAUGCUUCAAACUCGUCGACUAACAAAUCGAAGAAUGAAAAUCACGAUAAUCCACCAGGAAGCGCGCCUGGUACCUCAUCAACACGGUCGGACAAGAGCGCUCGAACAGUAGAAAGCAAACAAUCAUCUCCAAUCAAGGCGGGCAAGUUGCAACAUGCGCAGAAGGCGCCAACAUCUCAUGCGGUUGCCUUUUCCGGCGAGAGUAGCACCACAAAAGACAGCGUUGACAAGGGAGAAAUCCACAAACGAGAUUCCAAAGAAGCGGGUUUUGGCGUAGGUUUUUCGGCCCCGCAUGGGGAGAAAACAGGAGCGCGUGACAAAUCGGAUCGCGCAGCAAAGACAAAAAAGUCUCGCGAAUCUGGAAAGAGCGAACAUCAUUCGAACCGAAAAGCUACCAGCGAAACGAGCAAUCUGCGAAAGAAAUCUUCCAACACAUCGGCAAAGACGUCGAAGAAACAACAGCGGGAACAACAAUCUGCAGUAGGUCUAGGUGCAGAAGGGACGAACAAGAAAAAGAAUGCAGAAACACCCCGAGCACCAGCAUCGACAUCUUCCGCAGGAGAGAAGCGGCGUGCCGG